AUGGCGUCAUCGCCGAGAUCUGGCCGACAACCAGGACAUCCAGCAGCGGGGCGGUACACAGUUGCGGCGCAUGAAGCAGAUGCUGAGCUCCAAGAUGAUGGCAGCUCCAUAGGAGAGGGCGCUAGAGCUGCGAUUCUCUUCCAUGAGCCAUUCUUUGAUGCGGCCAUGGUGCAACUGGAAGCUGGCGGAUCUGAAAUGACGGAACGGAAUGACACAGAUCUGGAGAUGCUGUACUUCGUCACAGAAGCCGAGGACGGCCAGGUCGAGUUUCGACUUCCUGAAACGGGCUUCAACCAGAAGUUAUCUCGAGGUGGAGAGGUCCUCGUCCCAGCGGGCGCAGCCUUCACUUUGAGGAACAUGAGCCCGGCUAUUCCCGCAAAGCUGCUGGCAGUCGUUCCACGGUAG